UUGACCCUCUAUUUCUGUCUUCCUUCUUUUUCCACCGGAAAGUACAGAGCUCGCCACUAGUCACCGGAAAGCUCCGGAGAUGCUAUUUUUCUCUAGUCACCGGAAAGCUCCAGAGAUGCUAUUUUUACUAUUCUUUUUCUUCAUUUUCUUCAUUUUAACUUCUCUAGAAGACAGAAAUUGAAGAGUUAAGCUAUAAAAUGGUUGUUGUUAAUUUUUCUUAACGGCUACUUUUGACUUGGGAGCCCACAUGUUUGGUCCGUCGCAAACGGCAAGAUAUGGACGCUCAGGACGGGACGGAGGGGGGCCGGCGUGGUUUGCCGGCGUCGCCGAACCAAGACGGGGUGUGGGACGAUCCCCAUACCCCUUAGCCUUAGUAAUCUUUUAAUGUCAUUGCCAUUCACAUAAAUGAUUCGUAUUGUGGUGUAAACAUAUAGUAUUUAUUAACUUUCUGAAAUUAGAUUUUUUUUUUCUGAAAUUAGAUUAACCAAGUAUUUAUCCAUACUUGUAUAUUGCAUUCAUACAUUUACAGAUAUUUUGACACCCAAUUACCCAAAAACGUUUGUUUUAAUAUUAUUUUAAAACAUUUUUUGGUAAACAUAAUAUUUGACCAUUGACCAAUGAUAAUGAUAGCCAUUAAAAUCCUUCCUAAACCACUCAAAUACGUAUCCCCAAAGUUUGCAUUAAAUUAUUAGUUGUAACAGUUCCCUUUUAUGUUGGGGAUGAGCCCGUGAUAAAAGCAUUUCAUGCAUAUACACAAAACCCCUAUCCUGACCAUAUUCAUUUCUCCACAAAUAAGUUUUGAAGAAUUUUUUCUUACCCUCUGAAACACAAUGGAAGCACAAUACCUGGAACAACAACACUUAGCCGCUACAAUCACUUCAUCCUUCCUAAACACCUGUUUUAACGGUCUCAAUGCUCUAUCAGGUAUUGGAAUUAUAACAGUUCCAUAUGCAGUGGCAGCAGGAGGAUGGUUGAGUUUAUUACUUCUUUUAACCAUAGCCAUCUCAACUUUCUUCACUGGUUUACUCAUAAAAAGAUGUAUGGAUAUCGAUCCCACAAUAAGAAGUUACGCGGACAUUGGAGAGCGAGCCUUUGGUAAAACCGGCAGGAUCAUAGUAUUAGUCACCACAAACCUAGAGUUGUAUUUGGUUGCUACCGCUUUCUUGAUCCUCGAAGGGGAUAAUUUAAGCAACUUGUUUCCACAAGUGCAUUUUGAUAUUUAUGGGCUUCGCGUAAGUAGCAAGAAGAGUUUUGUUAUCAUGGUCGCCGCGAUCAUACUCCCGACAACUUGGUUUAAGAAUAUGAGGAUUCUUUCGUAUAUAUCGGUUGUUGGUGUUCUCGCGUCGUUUGUCAUCUUAGGCUCGAUCCUUUGGGUUGGUAAGUUUGACGGUGUCGGGUUUCGGGAAAAGGGUAAGGUAGUAAAUUGGAAUGGAAUGCCUUCUGCUUUGUGUUUGUAUGCUUUCUGCUAUGGUGCUCAUCCGGUUUUCCCUACUUUGUAUACUUCCAUGAAGAACAAACAUCAAUUCUCAAAGGUGUUGUUGUUGUGUUUUGUGUUGUGCACAAUUACAUACUCUUCGAUGGCAAUAGUUGGUUACCGAAUGUUUGGUUCAAAGGCAGAGUCGCAAAUUACCUUAAACCUUCCAACUAACAAAGCAAGCUCACAAGCGGCUAUAUUCACCACACUCAUUAGCCCGAUAGUUAAAUAUGCACUCCUAGUGGUACCAAUUGUGAACACAAUCGAAGAACGAUUUCCAUCAUUCAAUACAAGAAAGUUUAGCCUUUGCAUCAGAACAACACUCGUAAUAAGCACAAUAGUCGUAGCCCUCGUGUUCCCUUUCUUUGGGUAUCUCAUGUCUAUUGUCGGGGCACUUUUGACCGUCACAGUAUCCAUUAUAUUGCCAUCCUUGUGUUACUUGAAGAUCUCGGGCACUUAUAGGGUAUUUGGACUUGAGUUGGUGAUGAUUGGUUUCGUUGUGCUUGUUGGGAUUUUGAUUGCAACCGUGGGUACGUACACAUCGAUGGCAGAUAUAGCAAGGAAACUAUAAGCUAGAUAUGGCUAUUAUGUAACACAUUUCAUUUGUUUAUCAAUAUGGGACUAAUUGUGAUUUAUGGCAUAAUAUGCUUUUAUCCUUUAAAGAGGACAUCUUGUAUUCUUGUGUGA